AUGGCUCAAUAUAGAGUUGACGCAGAGUAUGUUAAGGAAAUCGACAACACUCGUAGCGAUCUUCGUUCUCUUAUUUCCAACAAAAAAUGCGCUCCUCUCAUGCUUCGUUUAGCAUGGCAUGAUGCUGGUACCUACGAUGCAAUAACAAGAACAGGAGGUCCAAAUGGUUCUAUCAGGAAUCAACAAGAGCUCAAUCAUUCUGCUAACAAAGGCUUGAAAAUCGCCGUUGAAUUAUGUGAGGAAGUGAAAGCUAAACAUCCCAAAAUUUCAUAUGCGGAUCUUUACCAGCUAGCUGGUCUUGUGGCGGUAGAGGUCACUGGUGGUCCAGCUAUUCACUUUGUUCCUGGUAGAAAGGAUUCGUUGGAAUCUCCAGAAGAAGGUCGUCUUCCAGAUGCUAAACAAGGUGCAUCGCAUUUAAGACAGGUUUUUUAUCGCAUGGUUAUGAAUGAUAGAGACAUUGUAGCUUUGUCCGGAGGCCACACUUUGGGUAAUGCACAUAAGAUCGCUCUGACUUUAAAGGUCAAUGGACAAGAGAUCCUCUCAAGUUUGAUAACUCUUAUUUUCGGGAAUUAUUGA